AUGAUCGAUGUUAAGAUGUAUAAUCUACUUAUUAUUUACCAAAUUAUCCUAUACCUAAUUGUCGUAUUUUUAAAAUUCAGCAUCUCUCAAUUGUUUGAACGUGUCACUGUACAGGAAAAUAUCCCUUUAAAUACUGUGAUAUUUGAUUUAAAACCGAUGUUGGAACGAUAUAUGAAUGGUCAUUUGUCCCCAUUAUCAUCAUCUCAGUCAUCAGUAUCGCAUAACAGAAAUAUAACAGCAUUUGCGAAUCAACAAGAAACCUUUUGGCCAUUUAUCUUAGACGAAUUUCUGAUUAAACUAGCAAAACCACUGGAUCGUGAAGUGAUCUGUCUUUUACAAACUGAAUCCUUAAGACAUUCAGUCAACCGAAAUGAUCCUUCAAUUGCAUCAUACAGUGAUACAAGUCAAGUUUGUAUACCUGGAGCUUGUUGUAAACUAUUGCAUAUAAAUAUAAUUACAAGCCCAACAGAAUUACCUACACCAUUCUAUAUUCAAGUAGCUGUACAAGAUAUUAAUGAUAAUCCGCCACGAUUUCCACCACUUCAUACACCAUAUAUUUUAAUAAGAGAAGAUAUUAAACUGGAUGAGAAGAUAUGGUUACCUCAAGCUUUUGAUGCAGAUAGUGAUCAAUUCAGUGUAGCGGAAUACCGUACAAUUAAUUGGGUACAUGGGAAUCAAAGUCAUUUUCGACUAGGAGUUUCAGAUUCAAAUGAUUUAAAUAAUGAUUUCGUUAGUGGUGUUCAUGAUAUACCAAAUAGUAUGAAUUUAAAUUCUCAUUUGGGUAAACCUUAUUUAACUAUAACAGAAGGAUUGGAUCGUGAACUUAUUGAUUUAUAUUCCUUUACACUAAUCGCCAUUGAUGGUGGUGGAAAUAUUCCAGUUAGUAAUGCACCAGAUAUGAAUAAGGCACUUACUGGAUCCGUCAGCAUCAUUAUUAAAAUCUCCGACGUUAACGACAAUCAUCCAACAUUUGAACAAAAUACAUAUCGUGCUGAAGUUGCAGAAAAUUCAGUGACUUCACCAAUUAUUGAAUUCAUUUUAUUCGAUCGUGAUAUAGGAGAUAAUGGUCGAGUGACUAUAGUUAUCGAUGAUCCUACUGGACAAGCUCAACAUCUUUUCCGUAUUAUAUUACAACCAAGUCAAAAUUCCAACUUAAAAUUGUACAGUCACACUGGGUUUCCCAAUUCUCCCCCACAACAGUCGAAUAAUCCAGCAGGAACAUAUUAUAAGGGAUCAUUACAAAUAAUUAGUCCAUUAGAUGCUGAAAGGCAUCUAAAUUUGUUAAGAUUUCAUUUAGUUGCUGCUGAUCAUGGUCAACCAAUAUUAAGUUCUCGUUGUGAAAUACAAAUAAGAAUAGUUAAUGUAAAUGAUAAUCCACCGAAAAUUGUAUUUUUAAAUAAUGGUAAACGAUUAUCUGAUGGACGUAUUUCAUUACCGGAAGUGGAAACACCACAAAGAGCUAUAGUGGCUUUAGUUCAUGUAACCGAUGAUGAUUCACCAAUUGAACAAAUUCGUUGUCAUUUAAUUAAAGAAGAUGAUAUGUUUUCAUUUGAAGAAACUGGUGGUACAAGUUUUCUUACACAUCAACAAACUCAACAAUCAUAUAAUUUACUUAAUGAAGCUAUUGGAAUUCAUUCAACUUAUAAGCAAUAUGUUAUUCGUACAAGAAAAAUUCCAGAUAGAGAAGAGAAAAAUUUUUAUACAGUUACCAUUGAAUGUAUGGAUGAUGAAGGACAAUAUGCGUUAUCACGAAAUGCCAGUCUACAUAUCACUAUUACAGAUAUCAAUGAACAUAAGCCAAUAUUUACAAAAAGUAUAUUCACAGGUCAAGUAAUCGAAAAUCAACUACAUGCAGAAGUACACAUGUUGACACCGAUUCAUGCAACAGAUCUUGAUUUAGGUGUUAAUGCACUUAUCACCUAUAGUUUAGUUAAUCCAUAUGAAUUAUCAUCUAUACAAACAGUAACAAGUAUAUCAUCACUAGUGACGGCUUCAACACCAUCGUCGUCGUCAUUAUCAUCAUCACUAUUAGUUAAUUUCGUAAAUAGUACUGCAUUCUUUAGAAUAGACCCAAUCACAGGGAAAUUAUGGACUAUUCAAUCAUUGGAUUGUGAAAAUCGUAGUGAAUAUCAUUUGGUAGUGAUUGCAAAAGAUUCUGGUUCACCUGUACCACUUUCUUCAAGCGCAAGUAUCAUCAUUACAGUGGAAGAUACAAAUGAUAAUAUGCCGGAAUUCUUGAAUACACACUAUCUAUUUGAGGUAGCUGAAAAUGCACCAGGUGGUACAGAAAUUGGUGUUGUCGAAGCUAUAGACAAAGAUGUAUCAACAAUAAAUCAACGUGUACGUUACAAUUUACGUGGUAAUAAUGACGACUUGAAAUUAAUUACAAUUGAUCGAAAUAGUGGUACAUUGAGAACUCGACGUCCAAUUGACAGAGAAUCCAGAUCUUCUAUAUCACUUAUAGUAGAAGCAGAAAAUGAAGUACCAAUUCAUCGUUCACAAUCUGUUAGAAAUGAUAACUUUAAUACGAUAGUCAACCAUAUUGGUACAGAGGCAAGUGUAGUAAUCACAAUUUUAAAUUUAAAUGACAAUCGACCUGAAUUCAUUUUAAUUGAACCACAUCGUUCACAUGUCACAUUUACUUGGGAACAAUUAAACCCAUUAAUUAUACCGAAACAAACUCAACUAAAUGCUACUACGGUACAUUCAAAAUCUGACAAUCAGUUUGAGAAAAAGAGAAAUCAAUCAAAGAAGAAAAUCAAAAAUUAUCCUCUUUAG